GAAGUCGUCGUCUGGGUGGACGAGGCAGGGCAGACAAUCGGCAUUGAAAACCACGCCCCAACUGCUACCAUACCACCGGCUCAAGCUACAGACCUACCACCUAUCUUGAUAGUCCCUGAUCCAGACUCCUUACUCGUUCCCGAAAUUCCCACUGAGGAUGACCCCCCAGAACCGGAGAAUGUAACACCAAACAGAAAGUUUGGCAUUUCGUACUCGCCAUACAAUGAUGACCGGACCUGCAAGUCACAGGAACGAGUUGACAAAGACAUGGAAGCCGUGUCUGAGCAUGAGUAUGUCAGGAUCUACGGCAUAGACUGCAAUCAGACGGAGACCGUCCUGGCAGCAGCAAAAAAGCAAAACAUGCAAGUCUUUGCAGGUAUUUUCAACCUGGAAGGCUUUCCUGAUAGUCUGGAAACUAUUAUGGACGCCGCAGCCGGGGACUGGUCACCCUUUCACACCAUUGCAAUCGGCAAUGAACUCGUCAAUGGGAAACAUAACUCUGCGGAAGAAGUGGUUCAAGCCGUCCACACCGCACGUGGCAGAUUACGAGAUGCAGGCUACGAAGGACCCGUGGUGACGGUGGACACCUUCUCGGUGAUGCUGAAGCAUCCAGAGCUGUGCCAUGCAUCGGAUUACUGUGCGGCCAAUUGCCAUGCUUUCUUCGAUGCUAACCAGACCCCGGAGAAGGCGGGUGCCUACGCGCGGAAACAAGCGAAGCAAGUCUCUGAUGCGGCUGGGGGGAAGAAGACGCUCAUCACUGAAUCAGGCUGGCCUCAUGGCGGUCAACCCAACGGAGCAGCUAUUCCAUCCAAGGAGAACCAGCAAAAGGCCAUCUCCAGCUUACGGGAAACUUUUGGUGACAAUGGAGAUCUUGUCCUUUUUACCGCCUUUGACGAUGGAUGGAAAGAGGAUAACCAAUGGACGUUUGGUGCGGAGAAGUUCUGGGGAAUCCAAAACCCUUGA